GCCUGGCGGUGCGAGCCCCGCGCGGCGUGCGGAGCGGAGCGGCCCGCGGCGGAGAGUGAAGUGUCUCAGGCUGGGCGUGGAGAUCUGCAGCAGUGAUUGGAGGGAACACUGCGCGAGCCCCGUCCGGGUCAUCGCGUCCUGCCUGCACCAGAGGGAGCUUUGCCUCGGGGUCGAGCAAACGCAGAAACUAAUCUACCGACAGAAACCGUCUCCGCCAGUCAAGAGACCCUCACGAGCACUUUGCCAUGGACGUAGAAGAAGAAGAAAACAUGAGUUCGAGCAGCACAGAUGUUAAGGAAAGCUGCGGUCUGGACAGCGCGCCCCCCACGGACGGCAGCGCCCCCGGGCCUGGCGAGGGCGCCCCGCUCUCCAACGGGGGCGGUGGCGGCACCGGCCGGAAGCGGCCCCUGGAGGAGGGCAGCAAUGGCCACGCCAAGUUCCGCCUGAAGAAGAGGAGGCGGCUGCCGGGGCCCGCGCUGCCCAAGAACGCCCUGAUGCAGCUGAACGAGAUCAAGCCCGGCCUGCAGUACGCGCUGCUGUCGCAGACGGGGCCGGUGCACGCGCCUCUGUUCGUCAUGUCCGUCGAAGUGAACGGGCAGGUGUUCGAGGGCUCCGGCCCCACCAAGAAGAAGGCCAAGCUGCACGCCGCGGAGAAGGCCCUGCGCUCUUUCGUUCAGUUCCCCAACGCCUCCGAGGCCCACCUGGCCAUGGGGAGGACCCUGUCCGCCAACACGGACUUCACGUCCGACCAGGCUGACUUCCCCGACACGCUCUUCAACGGCUUCGAGACCCCGGACAGGUCGGAUGCGCCCUUCUAUCUGGGCUCCAACGGGGACGACUCCUUUAGUUCCAGCGGGGACCUCAGCUUGGCCGCGUCCCCGGCACCCGCCGGCCUCGCGCAGCCUCCCCUGCCCGGCCCUCCGCCGUUCCCGCCGCCGAGCGGGAAGAACCCCGUGAUGAUCCUGAACGAGCUGCGGCCGGGGCUCAAGUACGACUUCCUGUCGGAGAGCGGGGAGAGCCACGCCAAGAGCUUUGUCAUGUCUGUGGUGGUGGACGGCCAGUUCUUCGAGGGCUCGGGCCGGAACAAAAAGCUCGCCAAGGCCCGGGCUGCGCAGUCUGCCCUGGCGACCAUUUUUAAUUUGCACUUGGAUCAAACACCGUCUCGCCAGCCCAUCCCCAGCGAGGGCCUUCAGUUGCAUUUACCGCAGGUGUUAGCGGACGCCGUGGCUCGCCUGGUGCUGGAUAAGUUCGGUGACCUGACGGACAACUUCUCCUCUCCUCACGCACGUAGGAAAGUUCUUGCCGGUAUCGUCAUGACAACAGGCACAGAUGUGAAAGAUGCCAAGGUGAUAAGUGUCUCUACGGGAACAAAGUGCAUUAAUGGCGAGUACAUGAGUGAUCGUGGCCUUGCGUUAAAUGACUGCCACGCGGAGAUAGUAGCUCGGAGGUCCCUGCUCAGAUUUCUUUAUACACAGCUUGAGCUUUACUUAAAUAGCAAAGACGAUCAAAAAAGGUCCAUCUUUCAGAAGUCAGAGCGCGGCGGGUUCAGGCUGAAGGAGAGCGUUCAGUUCCAUCUGUACAUCAGCACGUCUCCCUGUGGGGACGCCAGAAUUUUCUCGCCGCACGAGCCGAUUCUGGAAGGGGCUGCUGCACUUGUUUGCCGUGAGGAGAGGAGAGGACUUUCACCUGGCCUUCCUCUCCUAGAACCAGCGGACAGGCAUCCAAACCGCAAAGCCAGAGGACAGCUGCGGACGAAAAUAGAGUCUGGCGAAGGCACGAUUCCGGUGCGGUCCAACGCCAGCCUGCAGACGUGGGACGGGGUGCUGCAGGGCGAGAGGCUGCUCACCAUGUCCUGCAGCGACAAGAUGGCCCGGUGGAACGUGGUGGGCGUCCAGGGCUCACUGCUCAGCAUCUUCGUGGAGCCGAUUUACUUCUCGAGCAUCAUCCUGGGCAGCCUCUACCACGGGGACCACCUCUCCAGGGCCAUGUACCAGCGGAUCGCAAACAUAGAAGACCUGCCCCCCCUGUACACCCUCAACAAGCCUCUGCUCAGCGGCAUCAGCAACGCAGAAGCGCGGCAGCCAGGGAAGGCACCCAACUUCAGCGUCAACUGGACGGUGGGUGACUCGGCCAUCGAGGUCAUCAACGCCACGACGGGGAAGGACGAGCUGGGCCGUGCAUCCCGCCUGUGUAAGCACGCCUUGUACUGUCGCUGGAUGCGUGUGCACGGCAAGGUUCCCUCCAACUUGUUACGGUCCAAGAUCACUAAGCCCAACAUGUACCAUGAAUCCAAACUGGUGGCGAGGGAGUACCAGGCCGCCAAGGCGUGUCUGUUCAAAGCGUUCAUCAAGGCGGGGCUGGGCGCCUGGGUGGAGAAGCCCACAGAACAGGACCAGUUCUCUCUCACACCCUGACCUGGGGCCUGGGGCCGGGGCUGCUGCGUCCAGCGCCGUCUCCGGAACGUCCCGUCUGGACUGGGGGCAGGUGUGGGGACACGGGGUGCUGGGCGUCCAGCGCCGUCUCCGGAAGGUCCGGUCUGGACUGGGGCAGGUGUGGGGACACGGGGUGCUGGGCAUCCAGCGCUGUCUCCGGAACGUCCCGUCUGGACCGGGGGCAGGUGUGGGGACGCGGGGUGCUGGGCAUCCAGCACUUUCUCCGGAACGUCCCGUCUGGAUUGGGGGCAGGUGUGGGGACGCGGGGUGCUGGGUGUCCAGCGCUGUCUCCGGAAGGUCCGGUCUGGACUGGGGCAGGUGUGGGGACGCGGGGUGCUGGGCGUCCAGCACUUUCUCCGGAACGUCCCGUCUGGAUUGGAGGCAGGUGUGGGGACGCGGGGUGGUGGGCGUCCAGCACCGUCUCCGGAACACGUGUCUGGACUGGGGGCGGGCGCGCACUUCGGGGAGGGUGGGGAGGGUGUUGGGGUUCAGUGUCCCCACCUGGCACCCCUGUGCAGCGGCAUUACCCCUUUGAAUUAUCCAGUGACUGCUUUCAAUCUCCGUUUACGUUUAGAAAUUGAGUUCUACUGAGUAGGGCUUCCUUAAGUUUAGGAAAAUAGAAACUACUUUGUGUGAAAUUUUUGAAUAAAUAAUUUAUUCAGAGUUAGGAACGUGGUUUAUAAAAUAAGUAAUUAUAUCAGGUCACUCUUACGCCACAUUACUUUAUGUGUGGAGAAGGGGAGAGCGUAGGGAGAGGUUGGAGGCGGCAGCCUGAAGAGAGCGUCAGGGCUGCGUUACUGGUGGGGCUCCUGCCCGCCCGCCGUGACCCGGCUGCCCUCAGUGACUGUCCCAGCCUGCCCGGGAGAGGACCCUGCACGACAGGCCCAGCCCAGCGCACACACACGGCCCCUGGCGUGGUGUCGGCGUGCGUCCGUGAGGGUGCAGCCUGGAUCCGUCUAACCUUUAGCCCCCCCGGAAGCUUCUGUGCCCCUCCUAGGGUUGCGUCAUGGAAAACGUGUUGGUUCACUUCUAAGUGAUCAAAGGUACAACGUGGGUGGUAAUCCUGGCCAUUCAUUGGAGAUUUUUCAGUAGUAUUUAACUUUUAGGGACUAGGAGGAAUCCACAGAGGCUACUGCACAAUUUUAUUCCUUCCUCUGAAUCUAAUGAGUGUGGAUGACUCUCCAGACAUCUUCACAGAAUGGAAAUAGAAUUAAUUAAGUAGAGAUACUCAUUCUUAGAAAAUGCCACUUAAGGCAUAUUUUUAAAUUAAGCUUUAUCAAAGGUGUGUUUGAAGUCAGUAUUCAAGCCAGAAGCUGGUGAGGCCACAGACGCCGUCCCCACCAGGGUCUGCACAUCGAUUGUCACGGCAGGGAAGGGGUGCUGCUGGCGUCGGGGUGACCCGGGGACGCCGCUCCACACCCCGCAGCACCCAGGGUGGCCCCGGGCCGAGCCGGCAGAUGGUCAGGAGCGCGGGCUAGGGUCCUGGGUGGCGCCUCGACCUGAGCUCAGAGAUUUGCACCAAUUGCCUUGUUUCUUCCACUCAGGAUCAGACAGGAGCCCGAGGAGGUGCUGGGUCAGAAGUGGGGGGGGGUGGGCCUUGUGGGUGCAGCAAGCAGAGACGGGAGACCCCGCCCCGCCUUUCUGGACUCAGAAGACCUAGGACAGGAGCAGAGCAGCUACUGUCCCCUCGGUCCCGACCCCACGUGCUCAGAGCAGGAGAUUCGGACCAGAAGUGCAGAGACUCCCGGCGCCUCUGUGGGUCCCCGGGUGGCCGGUCGCAGCCGUGGGUCCAGACCAGGGACUGACCAGGGGCAGAGGAGCGAGCCCCGCCCACACCAGCCCGCUCUCCUGCAGCCGGGGUGCAGGGGUGCAGGGGGGGCCACGGCCGGGCUGCGCCUUCCACCCGCAGCAGGAAAGCUGCCGGCCGGUGUCGCUCCCCUCCCGGAGCAGGCGCUCCCAACUCAGACGACAUCUGUAGCCCCUGCGUUUUUAUUCUCUCUACAAAUGGUAUUUUUUCUAACGGGGAUCGGGAGACGGACUUAGUUUUUACAGAAUACCUGGAUUUUGACUAAAAGCCCAGGGGAAAUAUAUUGCAUGUACAUACAAACGCUGCCCAGUAUGUCUGGCUUCUUCCCUCCCGUCGGGUAAAGGCCGAGGGGAGUGUGGUCCCCUCCCCGCCCCAAGUGAAGAAGGACGGCCCUACUGUGUGCCGGUCCCAAGGACCCCAGCUCCGCGGCCACCGGGACUCUCCCCGGCACGCGUGGGCCUCGUGGGCUGUGGAGGACAGCGCCCGGGGUCGGGAGGGAGGGAGCCGUGCCCGGGACUGGACGGGACAGCAGCCGGAUUAGCUUCCCCUUGAGCGGGAACCAGAGGAAGGAAACGUUAACUCCUCAGGGAGGCGGGAGGCCAGUCAGGAAACUGCACUUUAAACAAACUGCCCUAUUUGAGGCUCAGCGUGCAUUCUGCCCCGUGACUGUUUUCCGAGGUAUUAUUUUGCACACUGUGCCCUAACCCUGGAUUUCAGAGACUUGGGAAGUCUGACACCACCAAGAACCUGAUUGAGAAAAAUCAGUUGUGAAGACGUUUUGCCCAGUGGGGGUUGGGAGGGUUCUGUUCUGUUUUGUUUGCUAAACCUGAAGUAUUAACUCCAGGAAGACAGGGACCCUCAUGGGGUCCCCAGGCUCGGGGACAGCUGUCCCACUAGCGGAAGGCCCUUCGCGCCUGGGGUGGGGGUGGGGGGCCAGGCGCGCCACAGAGCUCCGUUCUGAUCCUGAGUCUUAAUUGCACUUUUCAUCAUGUUUUUCUGUUUUGGAGAGUUUUAUUGAUUUAUUUAAUCAAAAACAGUUGCUGUAUCUUACAACGUGCAGACUGACAUCUCACAAGGCAUUGAUUUCUCUGGAAUGUAUUUUCGUUCAGAUGAUUUCCUUGGUACCCACACUCUAGACUCACUGCUCUCUUCGUAAAGACAGCGUUCCGUGUCAUCCCAAAUAGGGACGCCGAGGAGGGGGCGGCUCUCUGGCUCCUCAAGGCAGGCAGAGCUGAGGGGGAUUAGUGAUGCUGGGGGCGGGGCCACACGCCGCGUCCCCUUUUAUCAAAAAACAGAAAGCGGAUGGCUCUUCACUUCUAAAAUAUUUCACACCAAAAAAAUACGGUCUGCCCCGACCAUAAGUUUGAUCUAGCAAGAGGAAUAAAAGCAGCUGGCUUUCCCAUCUGUGUGAAGUCAGAGAAUCUCUCAGAAGGUUCCUUUUUGUCAACCCCAAACUACCUAAGUGGAAAGGGCAGAGUAUUUGCGACCUUGUGUGUCCAGUGUUGUGUGUCCUUGUCCCCUGGAGUGUCCUGUGACCCUCUCCAUCCUCCUGGCCAGUCACGUGCCUCGGGGCUGGGAGGGGAGGGUCUGACUCGGUCCCGGCAUUUAGCUGACCUCUGGCACUGCUGUGUGCACCUGUUCGCUGUUUGCGGCGACGAGCCCCCAGCCCCAAGAACACUUAGCUUGGCCACGCCGUGGGCUGAUGGUACAUCGCGAGCCGACGCCUGUCCUUCUGGACACGACCACGAAUGGUUAAAGUCAGUCUGCGGAACGUUUGUGGAGUGAGCCCGGAAGCAGUUUGCUUCUCCAGAUAUUGGGUCAUAUGCUUUUAUUUUACUUUAUUUUAUUUUGGAAUUUGGACACUUUAUAUGAAUGUAGUUCAGCCGAGAACCCUGUCGCUAAGAUCCACUCCCCAGUGUUCUCUGUAUGUAUAUUGAUGUAUAUACCACACGUUACAACCUGCAUGAGCUUCCUUCUCGCAGCGAGACCAGCCGGAACCAAGCAUGAGACGCGGUCCUACACACAAAGGAUUUGACAUGUUCUCAAUAAAAGACAGUGUUAUACCACUGCAGUGUGGCUGGGUUUUCUCUCUCGUUGUCCCCGUGGUCCGCUGGCAGGACUGAGGGCAGCCCUAAAGAGCAUAAUUUGCAGGGGUGCAUAAGCACCUGCUGAGGGCUGCCCGCUGACUGGUCUUGUAGCCGUGCGCUGACCCAGCGCUCGGCGCAUUCAUACCCAGCUCGGGACAGUUCCUCCGAGCCCUUGGACCCGCGGGUCCCUCACGGUCCUCCUGAGCAUGUGUCACCCACCCCCACGUGCAAGGUGUGUAGAGGACAGUCAGGCAGCUGCCCCUGCUCGUGUCCCCGCCUGUGAGAAGGGACGACAACGUGGCCCCUGUGACCUGUUGGGCUGUGUGAGGGCGACACGGACAGGAAAACACAUGGGAAGAACCUGGGCUGGCCAACAGGCCACUGGCCAGGUGGACUGGGGUCUCAGGUGCAGGGAAGCAGCACAACUAAGAAGGCGGGACUUUGUUAUCCAGGGCUGACAUUUCUGAAAGACGCUCAUAAUAAACCAAGUGGAAAGCUGGCUGCGGAGAGCGGUAUUCGUGCAUUUCACGGUUGCGAAGAAAUGCGGGUGCAUUAUGUACAGCACAUGUGGAACAGCCUGGAAGGGGCUGAGUCUGGUCUAUGUGAGUGGGGAUUUGGGGUGAUUUUAAUUUAAUUCUGCCUUUUUAAGCUUACCCAUUUGUCUGAUGUUUCUACAAUUACAUGAAAAGUAAAGAGGAAAAUGUUUUUAAACGUCAAAAUCCCCAUGCAAAUAAAAAGCACUGUUAUGAAAAA